CCGGUGAUAGGCUGCCGCGGUGGGACCCGCGGUUCUGAUUCGAAUCUCUUCGCCCGGUCAAAGUAUGGCUUUUAUGAAUCCAAUCCAAGGAACGUGGGAGAUACAAGGCAAGAGGAUAAAUCGAACCCCUUUUGGCCCCCGACAAAAUCCCCGACAACAUCCGAAGCCAAGGGAAGCAGGGCAUGGAAUCCCCUCCAUCUCCUCCUCCCCACCAACUCACCGCUCCGCUCCUCUCAAAACACAUCCAAGAAGAAGACCAUGACAUCCCGUCUUCCUCCUCGGCCUCCCCCACACCGGACGACAACUCUCCGGUCGAGCAGGUCGCUCUCACCGUGCCGGUCGGCGAUGAUCCAUCCAUCCCGGUGCUCACUUUCCGGAUGUGGGUCCUCGGCACGGUGUCCUGCGUCAUCCUCUCCUUCCUCAACCAGUUCUUCUGGUACCGCAACGAGCCGCUCUCCAUCACCUCCAUCUCCGCUCAGAUCGCCGUCGUCCCCCUCGGCCAUCUCAUGGCCACGGCCCUCCCCGACCGCCUCUUCUUCAGAGGCAGCCCGUGGGAGUUCACGCUCAAUCCCGGCCCCUUCAAUGUCAAGGAGCACGUGCUCAUCACCAUCUUUGCCAACUCCGGCGCCGCCAACGUCUAUGCUGUCCACAUCAUCUCCGCCGUCAAAAUAUUCUACAAGCAGAAUCUCACUUUCUUUGUUUCAUUCAUCAUAAUUGUAACCACGCAGGUAUUGGGAUAUGGUUGGGCAGGGCUAUUUAGGAGGUACUUGGUAGAGCCUGCUGUUAUGUGGUGGCCUUACAAUCUUGUUCAAGUCUCCCUCUUUGGGGCACUACAUGAGAAGGAAAAGAGGCCAAGGGGCAGCUUGACACGUAACCAGUUCUUCUUGAUUGCCUUCAUCUGUAGCUUCGCAUACUAUGUGUUCCCCGGUUACCUCUUCAAGAUGCUGACCUCUCUCUCCUGGAUCUGCUGGAUCUUCCCCAACUCCAUUCUGGCACAUCAGUUGGGAUCAGGAAUGAAGGGGCUCGGGAUCGCAGCCAUCGGGCUCGAUUGGUCCUCCGUAUGCGCCUAUCUUGGCAGCCCGCUCGCCAGCCCCUGGUUCGCCACUGCGAACAUCGCCGUUGGCUUCUUCCUUCUCAUGUAUGUCGUCGCCCCGAUCGCAUAUUGGUUAGAUGUAUACCACGCCAAGACCUUCCCCAUAUUCUCCGACGGCCUCUUCACAUCGUCGGGACAGAAGUACAACAUAUCCACCAUCAUCAACUCCAACUUCCAAUUCGAUGCCGGCGCUUAUGAGAAGCAGGGGCCUCUCUAUCUCAGCACCUUCUUCACAAUGACUUAUGGCUUCGGCUUUGCCUCGCUCAGCGCCACAGUGGUUCAUGUCCUCCUCUUUCAUGGAAGAGAGAUCUGGCAGACGAGCAAAUUAGCUUUUCAAGACAAGAAGAUGGAUGUGCACACGAGGCUGAUGAGCAGAUACAAGCAAGUUCCUAUGCGGUGGUUUGUAUGCAUCCUGGUGGCGAACGUUGUGCUAACGAUCUUUGCGUGCGAGUAUUACAUCGACCAACUACAAUUACCAUGGUGGGGUGUCUUGCUGGCUUGUGCCGUGGCACUUUUCUUUACCCUCCCCAUUGGAAUCCUCACAGCUACAACAAACCAAACGCCAGGGUUGAAUGUGAUCACAGAGUACAUCAUCGGCUAUGUGUACCCCGGCCGCCCGGUUGCAAACAUGUGCUUUAAGGUGUAUGGGUUUAUCAGCAUGAAACAGGCACUAAACUUUCUGCAAGAUUUCAAACUUGGGCAUUAUAUGAAGAUACCUCCCAGAACAAUGUUUAUGGCACAGGUGGUGGGGACCCUUAUAUCGGCGAUGGUGCACUUGGGAACCGCAUGGUGGCUCAUGAACACCAUUCCUAACAUCUGCGAUAGGACCAAACUGUCUCCUGACAGCCCAUGGACAUGCCCAGGUGAUCAUGUUUUCUAUGAUGCUUCCGUCGUAUGGGGUCUGAUUGGCCCUCGCAGAAUCUUUGGUGACCUCGGCUCCUACUCGGCGAUCAACUGGUUCUUCCUGCUUGGGGCUAUUGGUCCCCUUCUUGUCUGGCUUGCUCACAAGACUUUUCCAAGACAUCAAUGGAUCCGCCUCAUCACCAUGCCCAUCAUGAUAAGUGCCCUGGGACAGAUGCCACCAGCCACCGCAGUCAACUACACUACUUGGAUUACUGUCGGCUUUGUUUUUGGUUUCGUUAUCUAUAGGUACAGGCGAGACUGGUGGCAACGCCACAACUAUGUCCUCUCUGGGGCUCUUGAUGCUGGCCUCGCAUUUAUGGCCGUGUUGUUAUACUUGUGUUUGGAGUUUGAGGGUAUCAAGUUCAAUUGGUGGGGAAACAAAUUGGAUGGAUGCACAUUGGCUUCCUGCCCAACCGCAAAGGGUAUUGUUGUGGACUAUUGCCCAACCUCUUAGUUAUGCUUGUCGAUAUUGAUCAUGUGAUGUUUGUAAUUACAUUAUGCUUGUAAAAAAAAAUCAAGGUCAUGAAGAAGAUUGAUUUGUUAUAAGUAAUGUUACUGAGUUCAAAUGAGGCAGGAAAAGUUUGAGAUAUGUUUUAUUUUCCCCCUCACCAUUCAACGAGUUUUGUGAGUCUUGUAUCUUCACACAAUUAUCAGAAAUCCAUGUAUAUAAACAAUUGAUAAGUAUAAAUAAUAUGUUUUGACCAUGGUUCUUUUAAAA